AUGGCCAAAAUUACGCUAUGGUCGGUGAACCCUGAGCGCAAUCUAUCCAUGCUCGAGGGCGCCAUCGUCUGGAAUGACAAUUCCAAAAUGUCUGACGACGAGAUUCGAGAAAAGGCCAUUGGCAAGAAUGUUUUCGAGCUCUUUGACAAAGAUGCCAUUCUGGAUGGUGACCAUCACAGGGAAUACAUUGAAAACAUCCUUAUCGGCAAACAAAUCGACGAAACCACUGAACUGCAUGUCAAAGAGACCAACAGGUGGAUCCGUACAAGGUUUGUUCCGCUCCAGCGUAUCGAACGCAAUGCUGGCGUUGAGGGUGAUGCUUUUGUCGAUGGUGUCGUUGCUGUCAGUAUGGAUGUGACAGAUUUGAGAAAGAGAGAAGAACAACUACGUGAGCGUGACCGAGAAAACUCACGCCUGCUCGCUCAGAGUGAAGCUGCGAAGGAAGCAAGCAAGAUGAAAUCGCAGUUCCUAGGCACUUUGACCGAGGAGCAGCGCGAAUGCGCUGAAAAUCUACAAAGAUCUGCUAAUGGCCUACUCACUGUGAUCAACGAUAUUCUGGAUUUCUCCAAGGUCGAAAGUGGCCGACUAGACAUUGAGGAUGUCCAGUUCGACCUGAACGUUGUUGUUCGCGAUGUUAACAAAAUGCUCACGUUCGCGGCUGAGCGCAAGGGCCUGAUGUAUAUCGACGAAACACAAGAGCUUGAACGCCUCAAGGUUAUGGGCGACCCAGGCCGACUGAGGCAGAUCCUGACAAACCUCCUUACCAACUCAAUCAAGUUCACUUCCGAAGGAAGCGUUACGAUGCAGGUCAAGAUCAGAGAGGAGACCGCAGAGACUGUUGCUGUACAGUUUACAGUUGAAGAUACUGGUAUAGGUAUCGAAGAAGAGGUCAGGAAAAGGCUCUUCCAGCCUUUCUCUCAGGCCGAUUCCAGCACCGCUAGACGCUUCGGUGGUACUGGUCUUGGUCUGACCAUCAGCAAGAACCUCAUGCAUGGUGAGAUUUCACUCGAAUCCUCCUUAGGUCUCGGCACGAAAGCAUCGUUCUGGAUCCCCUUCAACAAGGCACCAUAUCUCUCAGGCGACUCGCCACCACUGGACAUGGGCCCGAUCCCACACCGAUUGCAAUCUGAGCUAUCAAUCUCAGAAUAUAGCGGACCACAGCCACCAGGUUCACCGCUGAAACCUGGAAUUCGUCAAGCUUCUAUUGAUUCGCGACGAGCUUCUCCUGCCCAACUUGAUAUGCCUCUCGUACUCUCGGAUGAGGAAAGGCGGAACACACACNACAACCCUAUCAACCAACAAAUUGCAUUGAAGACCAUCAAGAAGCUCAAGUUCUCGGUCAAUGCUGUAUGGAACGGACAAGAAGCACUCGAUUAUCUCAGCAAACCAGAAAGCUCAGACCGCCCGAGGCCGGAUGUUAUUCUUAUGGAUGUACAAAUGCCUGUCAUGGACGGCUACAAGGCGACCUACACCAUAAGGCAUUGUGAGCCAUUUGUUGCCGACCAACAGAUUCAAAACACGCCUAUCGUCGCAAUGACUGCGAGUGCGAUUCAAGGUGAUCGAGAAAAGUGUGAGAAUGCUGGAAUGAACGACUAUUUGGCAAAGCCUGUAAAGGGUAAGACUUUGGAGCAGAUGUUGUUGAAAUGGGCCGUCGAGAAGAAACGUAAGGCGGCCCUUUCAUCGAACCCAGUUGUUUCUCCAGGACCCAUAGAUGUCCUUCCGCCUGCACUUCCCUCAGCUCCCCUCGCAGGCACUCAGCAGGAUGAGCCGAAGACACCAGCUGAUCUGCUUGUACCUGCACCUGGCCAAGGAGCAUCAGACGUUCUUGCGACUAAGCUCAACAAACUCAACUUCCAGAACGAUACAGUAUUUGCACGUUCUGCAGAGACGGCAGAGAGUCGUUCGAUGGACCGCUUACGCAACGAAGAGAAGGCGAUGCAACUACGUGACCAACAAUUGUUCGCAAGUGCAGCCACGCCUAAGAAGCUGCUCGGCGUAUUGGGAGAGACAGCGACUCAAGACGAGGGAAUCGAGACUCGGCCUUCGAAGCUCACACGUGAGAACAUUGAGAAGCUGACUCGAAACGCACCCUUGAGCCACGUCACGCAGCAAGAUGUGGAUACGUCCAGCCUAGAUGUGACUGUUGACAGUAAUGCCCCGCAGCGCGUAGGGAGACCAUCUUUGGGGACACGAUUGAAGUCCGAUGGUGACAAGACAGUCUUGCCAGAAUGA